GAAAUAUUCAAUUCACGUUAAAGCUUACACCGGCCUUCUAUUCAUAGUGAUGGAUCAAUAGCUCUUCCAGGUCUGCCUGCCCAAAUACCAGAAGUUAGGAUAGACUGGACUGACGGAUGAAUAGCAGUUGAGGAGUACUAGUAUAAAAUAAAAUCUGGGAAACCUGAAGCAGCAAGAUGCCUGUAGGUGGUCGUGUGGCAGGGAAAGUUAGCGGUAUUAUCUCCAACAACUACAACGGGAGAUCUUAUCAGGGCAUCAACGAAGAAAUCAUAUGGGUCAGCAUUGGUAUGGGCAUCGCGAUAGCAGUGCUUAUCACUAUAGCUCUAUGUUACAUCAUGAGGGAGAAAUGCAUCGAACGCAGGGAGUACUACAUCACGGCGUGAACACGGCCUGCACCUCUAGGGCAAACUGGAAGGAGAGAGAAACACGUCGCACGUAGAGAAGAAUAUUAUAUAACUGCGUAGCGACAUUCGACGCGAGAGCCCUAGGGGUUGCUUGAGCAAAUAUGUGUAAGGAUAUUAAACUUUUCUUCUGGACAACCAAAGGUGCGCGCCCAUUGAGGUA